CGUUGUUGUCGCUAUUGUUUGAGGACCCUGAGAAGUUUAUCGCAUUGAAUGGCCCCUGAGAGACCGGAGGAUAACCCCUGAUCAACGGCUGCGCUGGCGCAACUUUCAUAAUCAUAACAGAAAAUAAAAAGCUGAUCUUUUUUUCAAGAUUGCGAAUAACACGGCCGUUUAGUCCGGCCCAUUCUACUGUCUGGUACAAGGCAGAGCGACCCAACAGACAUGGAAACUCUCAGCAAGGACGGAAUGGUUAUAGCAGUGGGAAAUCCACUGUUGGACAUAACGGCUCCGGUUGAUGAAAAAUUUUUAAGUAAAUACGGUUUGAAACCCAAUGAUGCCAUACUAGCUACCGAAAAGCAUCUUUCUCUUUAUAAAGAAUUGGCGAAGCUGAACAAUGUAGAAUAUACUGCAGGAGGAUCGUCUCAAAACAGCUUGCGUGUUGCACAGUGGAUUUUACAAAGGCCAAAUACCUGUGUGUAUUUAGGGUGUGUAGGGGAAGACGACAAUUGUAAGAUUCUUGCCAAAAAGGCGACACAUGAUGGCGUUAAAGUUUUAUAUCAGCACACCGACAAACGACCAACUGGAACAUGUGCUGUUUUAAUAUCUGACAACGGACAUAAUAGAUCUCUUGUUGCUAAUUUAGCAGCAUCUGAAUGUUUUACUAAGGAUCAUUUAGAAUCUAAGGAGGUCAAGCAUUACAUCUCACACGCAGAAAUUUACUAUUCUUCUGGAUUUUUCCUGACGGUUAGCAUUGAUACAAUACUGGAACUGGCACACCUCACUCAUAAGAGGGAAAAAAUGUUCUUGCUUAAUCUGAGCGCACCUUUUCUUGCGACUCAUUUCAAAAAUCAGAUGAUGCAAGUGUUUCCUUACGUUGACAUCGUCUUUGGAAACGAGACCGAAGCUCUAGCAUUUGCCAACGCACACAACUUUGAAACCGAGGAUGUUAAAAAUAUUGCCAAAAAAAUGGCGGAACUUCCGAAACAAAACCAAAACCGUGAAAGGGUUGUAGUUAUUACGCAAGGGCCUGAUGUAGUUAUUUUGGUGGAAGCCGGAAAGGUGAAAGAGUUUCCUGUCAAGAAGUUAGAUAAAUCCCAAAUCAUUGACACCAAUGGAGCUGGUGAUGCUUUUGUGGGCGGAUUUUUGGCGGAGUUAGUGAAAGGAUCCACUUAUGACAAAUGUGUCAAUUGUGGGAUUUGGGCCGCUUCCAAAGUGAUUCAAACUUCUGGCGUUAACUUAUCAGGAAAACCCGAGUUUAGCAAAUAAUCAGUUUAUUCGAUGACUCUUAAUCUCUUAACAGAACAUUUUAAUUUAGAUGAUGAUCAAGAUUAACAUUUAGUUAAAGAAAUUUUCUUAAUAAUAUAUUCUGGCUGCAUGCUUCUUUGCAUGUUUAGUUUUCAUUGUUAUACAAAACAAACGUGCCUUGGACAUUUUGUAUUUUUUAAUAUUGUUGACCAAUCUUGUUAUUGUUAUUUAUUUUGUAAGGCUGAAUUGGUGUAUGACAAUUUUUAAAAUAGAGAAUUGGCCAACAAAAGAAAUUGUUUGUUAAACAGACAUGGAAUAAAAAGGUUAAAUAUUUUUUAUGUACUUACUUGUAUGAAAUUGAGUGUAUGAUGUUUUUUUAAAUUUGAAAAAUAAAGUUACUACAACAUU